AGGCAAAACGGUGCAGAAGCGGUUUCAUUGAGCGCGCCAUGGAAGAUAAUUAAAACGCACUGCUGAGUCCAGUGGACCUGUGUAAGAGCUGCACCGCUUCAUUGCGCCGCUGUUCCUGUGGACACACUGUACAGCCGCGCUGCGUCGAGCAAACGCCACCUGAAGGAGUAUCUAAAGCUCAGCGACAAAAAAAAAAAAAAAAAAAAAAAACAGUGUUAAAGCGCGUCAGCAGUUUUAUACCACGACUCAAACUGCGUUAUUUUGCCUUUUUAAAUCAGCCGAGGAAAAAUGUGGAGCUUUUUACUCUCUUCAUACCUUCGCAGUGCCAUAACCGACUUAAUAUAUUAAAAGAAAACCCAGUUAAAGCUCUAUAGCUAAGUUUAAAUUCGCAUGUCAGGAACGUGUACAGGCGUCAUUUCAGCCUUCAUCAUUCAGCACGAACAUGGAGGCAGCUAUGCUGGGUAGAUAAGAAGGAAAUCGUGUCGUAAACAGGUGAGCAGAACAGUUUUUAUUUCCCAGAACAAGUUUUAUCAGCAUGCGUGAAAAACAAAUCAAAGUGCGUCGUGAUAUCAGGAUUAAAUGCAAUGUAAUGUUGUGGAACGCAGUGCGAGGAUCUUCAGCAUCUCUCCAUAGAGAGAACACAACUCAGAAGCUCAUCACACCUCCCUGAGAAAAUAGCACUGCUUAUAAAGAUUGCCAGAUUCCAAAGCCAACCAAUCGGACGUGAAUACUGUAGGAUUGAAGAUUGGGAUUCCACUCUUGUUAUUUUUCUGCUCACAUGCAUCAUAUGUUUCUAAAGGUUCCUUUUUCUUGCUGAAGACGUGGCUGAACAAAUCUGCUGCUGCACCCAAACCGUGUGUUGCUUUGAAAUGCAGACAAUUCAAGUGGAAAGUCAUUUUCUCUCUCCUUUUUUUAAAUCAUCAAAAUAAGUGUUUUCUUCCUCAUUUUUUAUUUGCAUUUCUAAAUACGCUGUAAUCACAUUUCAACAGCUAGAUAAGGAAAUAUUAUGUACAAGUUAUUUAGUUGAUUUCUUGGAGGUAAAGGGAUUCAUACGUUUUAUUUCAUCCACGCAAAUGCUCUUUCAUGCGAUUAGUAGAAGCGCCAUUUUUGGAUUGUAUGCUGUUUGGAAUGUAUGCUGCUCUGCUCUGAGCAGAAAUAAACACCGGUUCGGUGUCUAGUGAGAACAGCCUUUGAAGGGCUGCACAGUCAAAAUGAUUCCCCAUCACACUGACCUUAACCAUUCCAAAGAUUUCACCACCAUAAGUAGUCCUCUAAAGACGUAAAUCUAUAUUAGCGUUAGUUAAUUAUCUCAACGAUAUAGUUGGUUCUUAAACUGUUUUUAACAAUUAUAAGAAAAUUGCAUUCAGGGAGUAUUACGGUUCAGGGAAAUUCCUAAUGACAUAAGUGCCACUGUUUGACUAUAAAGAGUGCCCAAAUUGUAUAGAAGUCAUCUAGAAGACAAUAAAAGACAGUGCAUUAGUUUACAUUUUAUGGUGUUUACAGUUGCCCUUUGCUUCUAUAAGCAAACUCAUCUUAAUAAGUGCCAAAACAAGGAGUGUAUAUUACAUACUGGAAGUUGUGGGAAUGCAUACAUUUAUUAACUAAAAAGCCUUUUAAAAGCAUAACACUACCUACUCAGUUUGUUUAAUAAGGGAAGCCAUUUUAUUCUUGAGACAUAAAUCCACUUUAGCUUCUUUUAAAGCAACAUUUUUAACAUAAGGUGAGAAGUGAGUGUCUCUCAGUUUACUUCGUCUCAAGGAAGAACUAUUAGGCCAGUAGCUCAGACUUUGUUCUGUUGAAGAAAUGUGGAUCUGAGUUUCCCUGGAGUGCCCCCCCUCAUUUUCUCACAGAACAGUGCACAGUGCCAUUUUUACUAACUUUUAAACAAACAUCUUAUGGGUGGAAGCCCAUGACUUACAUUUUUACAUGCGGUGUUAAGGACUGGGAUUUUAAAGGAGGUUUUUGCACUGAACAUUGGGUUGAGUCAGCAAGAGAAAAUAGUCGUGUUAGUCGCAUAAAGAUGAUGGCCACCUCAGGACCCCGAACACGUGUCAUCCUCCUUUUCCUGUUAAUUGCUGCUCCGUUUAACACGUCCGCAGCUAGUGUUUCGGAUCCCUCUAAAACCAGAAAUGCACCCAUAAGGCCCACAAGCAGUCCAACCAUCAGCCCCAGGCCCAGUAGCUGGGGAUUCUUACUACUGCAGUCCAGAGGUGGAGGAAAUGGAAGAGGAAAUGGGCGAGGGAAAGGGUCGACAGGAUGGCCAGAGACACCGCCCAGACCCCAGGCUCAAGUCAUGCUUUCUAAAAAUGCCACAGCUGAUGCCCUGGGACCUCCGCUCGGCGCUGCACAGGUGGCUCCACCUCCACGUCGAGUGGUGGAAGUGGACGUGUGCCGUGGUUACUAUGAUGUUAUGGGCCAGUAUGACGUUACCUUCAACUGCUCUAAGGAUGACUUUAUCUACUGCUGCGGGACAUGCCACUACCGCUUCUGCUGUCCAGACCGCUCCCGCCGGCUCGACCAGAACAUCUGCCAUAACUACAUCUCACCAGAAUGGGCCAACACAGCACCACCAGGGACUAAACCGCCCCAUCACCUCACUGACCCUGACCUCAGUCGCAUCGAACAGAGCAACAAUACCAUAUACGUCAUUGGUGGAGUAAUCUCAUUCACUGUGGCUGUGGCUGUGUCCAUUAAGCUGGCGUUUAACAAGGCCUCGCGGCAGGCACGCAACAGAGAGCUCAAUAUGCCCAGAGCUCUGGUGGAUAUGCUGCGCCACCAAUCUAGCCCAGUCCAACAGGGGGAAAGAAACAACAGCGUUGCCCUGGGCAGUGGAGGGGGAGAGGGAACUCUUGGGCGGCCUCCUAAAAACCUGUACCCUACUCUGCAGAGCAAAGACAACCGAUUGGGAAAUCUGCAGCAUAACUUCAUCCAUACCUCAGGUUCCAGCCCCAAACACACUGCCACUAUUGAGCGUGCACCGCGUAUGAACAACAUGCAGAUGACCGCUGGUGGAACACUGAAACCAAAUAAGCAUACUAACGCCAUGAAGCCUCAGCCCUCGUUUCAUCACUCACUUCAUAACCUGGCUCAGCUCCCUCCCUCGUACGAGGCUGCGAUGAAGCCUGAGCUCAACAGAUAUUCUUCCCUCAAAAGGCUGGAAAAAGGAGGUCUGGAGGAAUAUUCAGGUUACUGCACCACAAAACGGAGACCCAACAACGCCCCUCCGUCCUUCCACUCAUCACAGCACCACUUACCUUGGGGCGGUGACUAUACGCUAGGAGGGAGAGGCACACUCCCCACCCAUGCCACCCGUCCUCGCAUACCCCACCCUCAGUCUGCCCCCAGCCAUACCCCUAACCCCUAUCCAUUGGAGCCUCCAGAAACCAAGACCAACCAGAACUACGACACUCUCUCCAAACCACCUCGCCGAGUCAAAUCAACAGAUCAGCUCCUUGCCCUUGCGGAUGGCAGCACCUUAUCACGGAUCCCCAAGAACCAGCAGCACCAGUACUACAAGUCUGCAGCAGCGAAAAACUCCAAUGCUCAAAACACCUUGCGCAAGUCUAAGGAGAGGCUGCUGAUGUCACCUGAUCAUCUAGAGGAGGAAGUGGGCAUGGGUGGAGUUGAUUACGGAGGUGGCGGGGGUGGUAUGAGCAUGGGCAUGGGCGACUACACAGUGGGAGGGGGCAUGGUACCUACUCUACCCCGCAUGAGCCACCAGAAGGCUCAAUCACAGCAGAAUGUGCAAUGUGCCACCCCUUCUCUUGAUCGCCAUCACAUGAUCAAGAUGAACUCACACCCGACCUCGGGCCGCGAGCAAGAGCGCAACACAGUCGCCAUGUCGGGUCACCUGGGAGGAGGUGGAGCCGGAGGGAUGGGUUGGAACGAAAUGCAAGGAACCGGGGUUGUUAUGGGCACAGGAACACUAGGAGGUCAUAGUGCCAGGAGGCUAGCUUUUGCUGCAAAAAGGCAAAAUACCAUCGAGCAACUACACUUCAUCCCCGGAGGAGGAGGGAGCGGCGGAAGCGGGGUGGCCGCAAACCAGGGCGUUCGGACGGGGAGCAAAAAUGAAGUAACUGUGUGAGAAGAGGAUGGAGGGGAUUGAGAGAGAGUUAAGGAAAAUGGAGGAUAUGGAAGGUGAGAUUGAGUGGGAUGGUAAUGGAGGGAUUAACGAAGAAAGAAUAAGUGAGUGGGCAGACAAGGGAGUGAAAAGUGUAAAGGAGAGUGUAAAAGGAGUGGGAGGAUGGUAUAGGUAAGAGAACGAAUGAAAAAAGGAUACAGAGACAGAGAGCGGAUGAAGGAAAAAGUACAGAGAGAACAAGGGCAUGAAAGGAAAGAAUAACAGAUGGAGAAGUAGAGGAAACCAUAAGGGAAAUAGAAGCUGUAAAUACAGAGAGAACAAAAUGGUCUUGUAGACAAGAUUAAAACUUUAAAGUUGUUGUUUUAUUCUCUUUGUAAAAAAAUCAGCCAUAAUUACAGUAUAGUAAUUUUCAUAAUAAUUUUGAUGAUAGCCACCUUAGAAAACAUUUCAGAAAAGAAUAUAGUACAUAAAAAGACUGGGAAAACCAAGUGAAAGAUAAAUUCAUGUCACUGUGUCAUGUUAUUUUUACUGGAUAUUACAUGACAUUUAAUGCCACUAUAGAGCCAUAUGUUCAAGUAAUGUCCAAUGGAACAUUCAUCCUAUCAAAAAAGAAAAGAAAGGAAGAACAGAAAGGAAAAUAACUGAGGGAAACAUUGCAUACCAUUUACUUACAUCCGAAGAUCCCUUCAGACCAGAGAUAUGUUAAUCCAGCUAUUGGAUUGUGCUGCUACAUAUUGGAAACAGAAGUGAGUGUUAAAACAACCACAUCAGGAUAUUGAUAACCUGUCAAAGUACAGAAGGAGCUCAACAAAAAUAUGGGAUAUCAGAGCUACAGUCACAAAACAAGAGACUAUAUGGUGAUGGCGUGAUAAUGUCAGAAAAACUAUUUGAUCAAAAAUGAUCUUUUUUUGCAUAGAGUAAGGGAAACUAAACUGCAUCAGCUUUAGGAUAGACCCAUGAUCACUAUUGCCUUGCUCAUACACACCAAACUUUGCAUCACAAGUUCUGGAAGAAUUGCUUUUGGAUUUACUAGAUGAAGACUGCUUUGUUGGAGCUAGCUUUGAUAAAGUUGACAGAAAUCAAUAUCUGUGUGGGGUAAGAUAAAAAAAAAACAAUAAUUUUCAUUUUUGUCCCCAACCUAAAAAUCCCAGUGAUGGGGUAGAUAGCUAAACUUCAAAAGCCAUUCUGUUUGGGCAACAUGGCCUGGCCAGAUGGGGGAAAAAUGAGAUGUAUCUGACAAUCAUCAACUUUCACCAACUGAAAUGAACUCAUUAAUGAUCAGUGGCACUUUGUUUGGAUUCUAAGCCAAUGGUUUCCUUCUACGUCCAAGGGCAGGGACUUGACAAGAACAUUUUUGCCUUGGCUGAAGGACGUUGGCCAUGAAUUCGAAAGAAUACUAAAACAGAAUUCUGUAAGGAUGUGCACACUUUGGUGCCGUCAUAAGCUCUACACGUACUCUAUGUAUUGUUGAAAAGUUUUUAUUUUUAAGGAUGCCUCAAACUGUUAAAUGUGGCUUAGAUGAGGAAAACAGGAAUCCAGAUGUUCACAGUUUUAUAUAGAGGGAGGUUUGUUAAGGGUCAUUUAUGUUUAUUAAGGCAGUACAGCACAGUAAAUGUUGGCAACAUUGGCCAACAUCAGAAUUUAGCUCAGGUGUGCACAGACACUUCGAUGAGCUUACUAACAAACUUGCUGGGUUGCUGUUGAAAUCUCCCUAAAGCCAUGUGUCUGCGCUGUUAAAGUGACGACUGAACCAGGGGGAGAGUAAAAGUCAUCUCACACAGUUGAUCUGCUUUCAUCCAGAAAUGGACACAACCCAAUACCAUAAUCAAUAAUGCUUAUCAAUAUUAAGGGCUAUACUACAUGUGCAUCAGUGGUAGACUGCCUAGGCACAGUUUAUUAAGUGAUAUUUCAAAGGUGAUGAGAACACUAAUGACAGAAAUUUAUUAAUGUACAUAGACUGAGAAAUUCAUCCUGUGAAGCAAAAGGAGGCAGUGAGGUAAAGAUGACCUCAGUGUAGCCUACAGGACAGGCUAUGGUGUAAACCGUUUAAGUUCUUGUUCAUUUCUAAAAGUUCACAGCAAGUAACAGUAAACAUUUUAGUAUUAGCUAGUUAUUUCCAACGUAUUUCUCCCAGUAAAAGUAGUUUGGAGUAAAUUGCCUAGUAUUUUUUGAGGCAGAGAAGUGAAAGAAGUUCUUCAUGU